AUGGCACUCGUAAUGGCAGGCAUCGGUCUGAGAAGACUGUUGGAGCGACAGAUGGCUAAGCGCAAGCGAACACCCAUCGAGUACGCUGUCUUGGCUACGAUCGGAUUCUUCGUAGCGGCGAUCAUCAAGUACCCCAACCGAGCCUUCCUGACAAGAGCCCGGCCAGAUCUCAAAGCUCGUGGACAAGAUGCUCCAGGGUUACCUUUAAUUGGCAACCUUGGUGGCUUUAUCGAGCACCGAGAAGACCCUCUCCUUUACCUCCAUCAGAUCUUCCAAGAGCAUGGAGAUGUUGUCAACCAUCCUUCGUUGCACAACGAGCUCUCUUUGGAUUUUGUUUGGACCAGGUCAAUUACGAUGCCAAUCUUUGGUCGCGCCAUCCUCCUGAAUCGACCCGAGUUCAUGGAGCACAUCCUCAAAACCAACUUUGAGAACUAUGUCAAGGGCGAUCUAGUUCGUUGGAACUUGUCAGAUAUCUUUGGCCGAGGAAUAUUUGUCGCCGACCAUGAAGAGUGGAGGUUCCAUCGAAAGACGGCCUCCAACAUCUUCACUACCAAGCUCUAUCGCAGUCUGGUCGAAGGCGCAUUCAAGUCCAGUGCUGAGGAUUUUAGCACCGUUCUCGACCGAGCCAUUGCUGCUGAGAUGCCUGUUGACCUCCAAGACAAGUUCCUCAAGUUGACGCUAGAUGCGUUUGGAAAGCUCACAUUUGGGUUGGAGUUCAAGGCGUUGCUGAACGAGGAAGGUCCAAAUGAGUUUGGAGACGCGUUUGAUUUCUUGAACUCGGCGGCUGAAUUUCGAAUGCUCAACCCGUUUUGGUUCAUCACCGACCGGAUUAUCCCUGGACGGUGGAAGAAGCAUUGGGGUUGUAUUAGUAUCCUGGAUGAGUAUGCUGCCAAGGCUGUGCGCGACCGUCGAGCUGAAACCCCUGAGAAAGCUACAACGAGAACGCGAGAUCUGUUGGAUCAUUUUAUCACCUACAAGAGUGAGGAUGGCACCAUGCUCACUGACCGUGAGCUCCGCGAUGUAUUUGUCAACUUUAUGAUGUACGUAUUUUUAUUGCACUCCUUUCAUUCCAAGGUUAGCUAUAGGAGCGAAGCAAAUGAGCUACUCACAUCUGUUCUAUGGUGCAACAUCUUUCCUUGGUCUUGGUUAGAGCUGGACGCGACACGACGGCGCAGGCUUUGA